AAUUGAAGUGACUACACAGUCAGUUGUACAGCAUGAGAAAAUAACUGAUGCACAAGUAGUAAAUGAACCAGAAGAAAUAAAAUAUGCUGAUAAACAAGUAAUAAAUCCUGAAAGUAAUCAUUCUAUGAGUCAAGAGAAUAAUAAGGCAUCCAAUAGCUCUGAUAGAACAUUUAAUUCAGAUAGAACAUAUAGUUCCGAUAGAACAUCCAAUAAUUCCAUUAAAGCAACAGGAAUUGAAUAUAGUUCCGAUAGAACAUCCAAUAAUUCCAUUAAAGUAACAGGAAUUGAAACCGUUGAAGUAAAUGUUAAAAGAACGGAUGAUCAACAAUAUGAACAAGAAAUGAAUCAACAACAUAGACAAGAGAAGAAUCAACAAAAACAAAAUAAACAAUAUGGGCAACCACAAUCAGUGAUAUCACAACAAAGCGAUGAUAUAAGACAACCAUCACAACCAUCACAACGGUCACAGGUAUACCAAAUAAAAAAGCAAACUGGACAAUUAGAAAAUAAUUUAACAUACGAUCAAUCAACGCGCAAUCCUAAUUCCUCGAACCAUAACAUUCAAGAUGUUAUAGAUAACAAAAAUGAAACAAUUAAAAUGUCAUUAACUCCAGCUUUAGGUAGUGACUUCAUGGAUUUCUCGGAUGAGGAAGAUGAAGGGAAUAAACCAAAGACAAGACCCAGUAGACCUCUCGAAAAAGUUGGUAGUGAUAAUGAGCUUACAAGAAUUAAUAUAGCAUCCAGUGAAUCUAUAAAGAUUGCAGAGAAAAAGGAAGAAGAACCUGUCAAACAGGUUUCUCCUGUGUCGACACCUGUAUCGACACCUAUGGUUGACAAUGUUAGACGAGGUAAUCAACCGUCUUCUUCCGCACCACCCCCACAAAAUAAUUCCAAAGCUCAACGUCCCAGUCCCUUGACAAAUCAACAACAAUCUCAGUCACCGCAAUCUGGUUCUUUGUCAAAUCGAUCAUCUCCACAGAUUGGAUCUAUGACAAAUCGGUCACAAUUUCAGCAAGUUG